CAAGAAACCUUGACAAAACAACAGCAUAACUGUGUAAACCCAUACUGGGUUACGACAGUCGCUAUCGUCGCAACUUGCGUAUCACGAAGUGCGCUAGUUGACCCAAUACAAAAGUGUACGACGACACUCCAAUUUUUAACCAAUUUCUCCGCAAACAUUCCCUUCCAAUAACCCAUCGUGUAUGAUGAUAUAAAACAACAACUACAUCACAAAAAAUAUUAAAAACACUUCCAAACAUGUCGGUUCCAACGAUCCUCCACCCAAUCCUCGCGCCCCUCACGCCCGAAAACCGCCCCCGACCCUACAUUGUGAUCAUCGAGCAACCCUCCAAGUCCCUCCGGUUUCGGUACGUCUGCGAAGGAAGACCUGGAACCAUCCCCGGAGCCUCAAGCACCCCGGAAAACAAAACGUCGUUUGCCGUCCAGAUUCACGGCUACCAGGGACGACUGGUGGUGAUUGUGUCCUGCGUUACGAAAGACCCACCCUAUAGACAGCACCCCCACCAACUGGUAGGUCACAACUGCAAAUAUGGGGUUUGUUCGUUCGAGCAAGAGGUUACUGCCACCAACUCCACAAUUACUUUCCCGAAAUUGGCGGUGCAGUGUGUGAAGAAAGCUGACGUUAAGGAGUCGUUGAGGGUUAGAGAGGAAAAAAAUAUCGACCCUUUUGAAAGGGGUUUUGACCACAAAGAAGACGUUAGAUCUUUGGAUUUGAACGUGGUGCGGUUGUGCGUCCAGGUUGUCCUACUUGGUGAAAAUAGGAGCCAAAGGAUCAAUAUAAGUCCAGUUGUUAGUGAACACGUUUACAACAAGAAAACUCUUCCAGAUCCGUUGAUUUAUAGGUUGUCGCACUGCAACAGCUACGUUAAUGGUAAAAAUCAAAACUCCGAACAAAUCAUUCUUCUUUGCACUAAAGUGACGAAAGAUGACAUCAAAAUUCGCUUUUUUGAAACGAGGAACAACCAAGUUGUGUGGGAAGAUUUUGGUACUUUUCGUGCCAACGAUAUCUACAACAACACGGCGAUUUGUUUUAGACCGCCGAAGUACCACGAUCAGAAUAUCACGGAUGCGGUUAAAGUGUGGGUGCAGUUGGUACGACCGACUGACGAAGCGGCAAGUCCACCGGCUGAAUUUGAGUACCUUCCGCUACAAGCAGCACCAGGAGUUUUAAAGGAAAGUAGGAAAAACUUGCCUUACGGGAACCCGCUUUUUGCUCAAUUGCUUCAGACUAGGUCUAGAGAAGAAGUGGAUAUUUAUCAGCCCGCAAAAGUGGCAAGAAUGGACACGAAUGAGUCGCUUCUCCUAGAUAUAAGUUCUUGGACGGGACCAGAAGUGCAAAAUUUGAUCUCAGCUCAACCAGAAGUCAACAACAUUAACCAGACUGAAUAUUCCGGUUCUAGAAGAAAUACCCCAAGCGAAAUACCUAAUUGGAAUAUACCUUCCGACGAUUUUACGCUAGGUACUAACGUUAAUCUCGACAGUGCCAGCGGAAUUUGUCAAGUACUGAAUAUGGACUGCAACCAGAUAGAAUUAGAACCCAUUCAUAUAAGUUCCGGGGAUUUGGACAUGGCCGAGAGGUUAUCCGGAUCGUUCCAGGAAUACUUAGUUAUUUAAAUUUUGACUGUACUGAUCAUAAGCACGAAUUUUUGUACAAAAGUAUUUUAUAAAUAGAUUUAUUAUGCAGUAA